AUGCAGGCCACGCUCGCCCGGCCCAAGCGCGACACCGUCGACGUCGACAUGGCGGCGCUGCCGUCGCUCUGGGAUGCGCGCCACUCAGCCAACCAGCUGUGCCUGCACGCGUACGAGGUGCCGGUCAAGGACUACGUCGAGGUCAAGAUCGGCGGCCACCCGCUGGACCACAAGCACGCCGCGCAGUACCGGCCGACAGUCGUCUCGGCGCCCAUGAAGAUGGUGCCUCACAAAGGCGGCUCGCUCAACCAGUCGCCAGCCUUUGGCGUGCACUACAAGGAAAAAAUGCAGUACGUCGAGGUCAAAAUUGGCGGCCAUCGCUACGACCACAAGCGCUGCGUGUCGCUGGAAGCGUCGCUUGUCGGCUUCAACGACCAGCUCGCGACCAUCGAGCGGGGCGCGCUCGGCUGCGCGCUCUGCCAGUCGUUUACCGACGCAGCGCUUGUCCAGCUCUACUGCCGCCACGCCGUCUGCGCGCCCUGCUUUGAGACGAUGGCCAUCAACAAUGACAAUGCGACGCGCGUCCUCUGCGGCGUGUGCUUUCAAAAGGUACCGUUCAUGCGCCCCGCGCACCAAGCAAUCGUCGCCACAACGAAGAUGUCGGACGAGAACCGGCCAUCUGUGCCGCUGCAUUCGAUGUCGCUGGCCGUCGCGAGUGCCACCUUGGGCCACUAUGGCCCCAAGGCGGUCCGCCGAAUUAGCCAUGCGUUGCGCAGCAUCUCGAUCGGUGCGCGUGUCGUCGACGCGCCCGAGACGUCGUUGCUUGCGACCGAGAAUGUGCAGGAGCUCGUCAAUGCGAUCGUUGAUAUGGACGGCGCGGCCCGCUGGGCGAACCGCGUCGCGUCGCUCCUCGAGCCGUCCAAGCUCCUCCGCUACGAGUAUGUGCGGACCUUGGGCUCUGGCAACUUUUCCGAGGUCAUGCUCAUGAAGCGACGGUCGUCCCAAAAGCUGUGCGUGCUCAAGGAAAGCGACAAACUCCAAGAGGCCAUGAACGAGGUCAACUUGCUCUCCAAGUUGAAGAGUCCGCACGUAGUGCGUCUGGACGGGUACUUUAUCGAGCAGAUUGGUCAUCUGCAUUACGUCUACCUCGAGCUCGAGUACUGCAACAAUGGCACGCUGCACGACUACAUUGCCAACCUUGACGGACGGCGCGUGACCGAUGACGUCUUUGCCCGGCUUUUUUUGCAGCUCUGCUCGGGUCUGACCGAGAUUCACAAACACGCGAUCGUCCAUCGCGACAUCAAGCCCGACAACCUCCUCCUCAAUAGCGACGGCGUGGUCAAGAUCUCGGACUUUGGCGUCUCAACGUGUCUCGAGACGGCCCUUGUGACGCGUCAUGCCGCCGGCACCAUGUCGUUCAUGGCACCCGAGGUGCGCAGGUAUUUUUUCGGCGAGCCCGUCGUGUACGAUUGGUCGGCCGACAUUUGGUCGCUUGGCGCCGUCGCGGUGGCCUUCCUUCUGGGCACCAACGAGCCCCGCGUCGCCGUCCGCCCCGUCGACGAGGUGGUGGCCGAGUUGGCGGCGCGCCAUGUCCCGGCGCCGUACCAGCGUCUUGUUGCAGGCGCUCUGCAGCCCGACCCAGCACAGCGCGCGACGCUUCCGCAGCUCGCGUCGUGGGUCGCAGCGGCUUACUCGAAAUUAUAA